AUGGGACGCGGCAGCAAGGAAGCCGGCAAGGGUGCAUCCGGAGAGUCGUCUCUCUUGCAGGCGGAACUCACGGCAUUUAUGCGUGAGGCCUCAAGGUGGUCUGCAACGGAGGUAACGUCUGACACGUUGCUGCCUGCGCUACAGCAACUCCCGCCCGGAGAACCUUCUUCUUUCUUUGCCUCUGGGUAUCUACGGUGCCCAAGUAUUGAAAAUGGCGCUUCAUGCUUAAUCAGUGCCACAAAUCACAUGAAGCAUGCAGCCGCUUUAGCGAAAGCUGACGCUGGGGAUGAUGGCCAUGGCAAAAAAGGUGGAGGCUCCUCCAGGCUCAUCUUUGAUCAGCCGCUCAAGAUUACUUCCUGUGCCCCUAUUGGGUUUCAUGGGGUCUGGUUCAUGGACCGUGUAGAGUUGGUGGGAAAAGGCCCGGCCUUUUUUUCACAUUGCGUUUUUGGAGCUUCUGUAGGUUUCGAUGCUGCGGUGGGGUCACCAAUGUCGUCUGGAUUUGCAAGUGUGCAUCUUGCACUGGACGGUAUCUGUACCUUUUCAAAGUGUGAAUUUAGGCACCGUUGCGGAACUGGGGGGGCUGUGGGUAGUCAUGAGGUGCCUGCCCUGAGAGCGCUGGGGCGAACGCGUGUGCAGCUUGCAAACUGUACGUUUACUGGUCCAGGUGUGGAGUCCACGGCGCUGGCAUUGUCUGGUAACGCCGCACUGGAGGCGGAAUGCACGUCUGUUGUUUGCUGCGGCGGUCACGGUCUUAUUGUGGGGGGGAAUAGCAACGCUAGCCUUUCCCGCUGCUUCUUUGAGCAAAAUGGCGCCGGUGUGUGGGUAAAGGAUAAGGGAACCCUCGAGAUCCACGGCUCCUCGCUUAAACUGGCACGCCAGGGACGGAGCGUCCUCCUCCUCUCAGAGCAUGGACGCUGCUUGGCUCAGGAUUGCCUCUUCCUCGGCUGCGCCUCUGCGAGUUUAGAGGCGAUUGGCAGAUGUAUUGUGGUGGAGCUUGAUACUUCCUACCUAUCGUUGCGUUCAUGUGAGCUGUUUUGGAGCGACGCCGAGAACCUAGUAGAGUGUGAGGAGUUGACGAAAGUCUCCGACAUUGCUUUUUCUUCCAGUGUCUGUGAAGCUACAAAAGAUCUUGGGGUUUGUCACGUCCUGCUGGGAGAGCGAAGUGCGAUGACGAUGUCUCGCUGCGUUCUCGGCUUGCCCCUUGCGGAGCAGCCCGCCAGUCAGAGCCCCGUCGUGGGCGUCCUGCUGCGGAGUGCCCCGCGACGCGACUUCAUGCCUUUGUAUGCGGUGGAAAACACGGUUGUCUAUGGGCGGUGCAUGGGAGGCGACGGUGUGCCGCGGGCAACUGCGCCGGCGGGGUGCACCACCACGCCCUGCUGGGGACUCGUCUUGCCCGGCGCCGCGGACACAAACAAGGACGCGGAGCGGUGGCAGCUGGCGAGGAUGUGGCUGACCGAAAAUAGUUUUCUGGAGAGCGAUGAGGCGCCGUUGAGGGACUUGUCUCGUGCCUUCACGUCGUUUGAGACGUACUGCAGCGUGACGGGGACGUCGCCGUCUGCCCCCGACGUUGAAGACGACUGGAGCCUCGACGGCGCCACCCCGGUUUCCUCGCCGUGUUCCCUGACCACGACCAAAUGCUUUGUCGACCCCCUCCUCGAGGAGAGGCGGAGGUCCGGCGCCGGCGCCGUGCACCCGCCGCAGCGCACCUGGCCGACGCUUUUGCUCCCAGAGGACGCGAUCCUGUCGACGAAUUUGCCGUUAGAUGUUUCGCCGCCGGAGCGAGAGUCGACAUGUCCGCGGCAAACGCCACAGAAAAAAAUCCCCACGCCAAUUGAUGAGGGAAGCAGCGACUCCACCAGUCUCACUUCCUACGACGACGUUGAGACGGAAAACACUGAUAGUGCUGUGGCAAACGGGACUCCAGUCGGACUGAACAGGUUCAUGGAAGCAUCCGCCGAGGACACGGACAAGGAUGAGAAUGAGCCUUGUUUGAUAGAUGAACCGCCUCAUGUAUGUAAUGCGGAGGCUCACCUGAAGAGAAGUAUGGAAUCGAAGAAAUGGAUGCACACCAAACACAUUCCCGAGUUAAGGACAUUCAGCCCCAUUGAUAUAGGUGAUGGGGAUGGUACUGCCACUGAUGCAACUCCGACUCCCACAUCGUCAGUGUCGCUGCCAAAGCGUAAGAGAAGCCCAGCGAAUGCAAAAGGUCCAAGAAAGCCGCAGUCUCACACUUUAAGAAAUGGCAGUUCUCGGCGCCAGGUUUGGGGCGAGCACCAGACUAUGAAGGCAUCAAGUGGCGUAGAAGUUGUGUCGCACCGUAUACGGCAUAACUUAUUUAUUUCUCCACAUUACCCUAGCACAGCACGGGCGCAGAAGGCUCAGACUCUGGAGGCGAAUACAAGUCUCCCUGUCACUGCCAACUUUGUGGUGUCGGCGUCCCAACCACGGUCGAGCACGUCUCCAGAGUCCUUGGCUUCCGCGCGAGAGUUGCCAGCCAAACAGCUCGGCGGAAAUGUCAAGGGCUCAUCGACGGAGCUGUGGUCCUGGGAGGUCCCAAAGCCACAGAAUUUGCCAGCGGAGAGGCUGGGCCUGCAUCCUGAACCCGAGGCGCAGGAAGAGGCGUCUCGUAAUCCUGGAACUGAAAAGGAAGAGGAAGCGGAAACAACUAAGGCGAGGCAACAGGGUGUGGAAAGCACUUUGGACAGCACUGUUGAAGUAGAAGCGCCAAUGGGGGACGCCACUGGGCGGAGUGCGCCACCGCCUGGCCUGGCGGCGCAGGUGCGCCCUCCCUCAUCUCAGCCCACUCCUGGCCGUUCUCCUCGUGCCUCACGUUUACGACGGGGGAAACUUCGCAGUAAGUCCUUGCGACACGACAACGAGUUUGCGAGCAAGUUGUCGAAGGCGCAUCCCUUAUCUGGACGCGCGGAGGAGUCGCAAGGCGCCCGGCGCGGAGGUGAGCAGCCAGCGCACGCGGAGGAGGGGCAAGCCCAAGCCCAGGAAAGCUCAGGAACGGUGGAUCGGAAUGGAGCCCCGGCGGCAUGCGUGGCGGGUUCUGCCCUCAAUUACGCGGCCCAGCAGGGACAAGGUGCCAAGUCCCAUAGGUGCCGUUCAUUUAGGAGGGGGGUGGCGACGCUGCGUUCGGCCUCGGUAUCUCCUCGAACGUCUCCACGAUUUCUACAACGCAGCUUAACAAAAAGGCGAGGAGUAUGA